AUGUCAACAAGCCAAGGAACGUAUGGUGAUGAGCAAUUAGAAAUGACAACAAACGGUGAUGUUUCUUCGAAUGAUCAAAUGACGUAUGGUUGGUGUGCUCGUGGUGAUCGUUUGCCACAAGAAAAUCGAGUUCCCUUCAAUAGGCCAACAAUUCGACAAAUUUACGAUUCGCUUCCAUUUGUACGACGUUAUUUUAUCUAUUGGUUAAAGCAUGUCGGCAAGAAAGAAAAACUUUUCAUCAAUACGUUUCAACCGUUGCGACAUAAACCGCAUUAUGGUGUUCCUUGUGGUGGGAUUGGAUCUGGUUCAAUAGGUCGUGAUUUUCGUGGAGGAUUCUGUAAAUUUGGUUUGCGGCCAGGGCUUAUCGAGCAUAAAGUGGAUGUUGUUAGAGCUGAUCAGUUUAUUGUGACAAUACGCCAGCAGAAAAGUGAUGAGCAUUUCGAGAGUGUAUAUCAGAAAGUGUUAUGUGCGGCUCCAACAACGUCAACCGCAAGCACGGAACUCAGUUCAUGGGAUUUUUCCUUCCCUCGUGAUUGUCUUACAUACAGAGGUUUAUAUCCGCGAUCAUGGACACGUUAUGAAAUCCCUGAAUGUGGGGUUUCUAUCAUCAUGAGGCAAAUUUCUCCAGUAAUUCCGGGCGAUUAUCAUGACAGUUCAUUACCAGUGAGUGUGUUUGUGUUUGAUGUUGAAAACAAUUCGAAUAAAGGACUUUAUGUAAGUAUUACGUUGACAUUUCGAAAUGGUACUGGUUAUCAUAAAUGGUCUCAAGAAGGAAGUUGUACAUCAGUUCUAUUCGACAAUCAUUUGAAAGAUGCUAAAGUGAAAGGUGUCUGUUUGGAUCAUACAAUCAGUCACAUGCGAUGUACAUAUGCCUUAGCGGUGAAAUGUAAUGAACACAAUUCCAUAUCAAGGUGCUCAUCGUUUAAUCCAUCUAAAUCCGGUGACGUUGUUUGGAGAUCUCUUUGGAGUACGGGUCAUUUGAGUACUGAAGGUUGUUUUGAUUUUUCAUUCGUGGUAUUUAAAGGUGAUAUUGUUACAUCAACUACAAAAGAACUCGCAGUAGCGAUAUGCUGUCAGAGUUAUGUAAAGCCGAAAUCCUUGUUCAAAUCAUGUAUGGAGUUCACUCUCGUUUGGGAUAUGCCUAUCGUGCAGUUUGGUGCUCGAAAUCGUAACUAUCGCAGAAGAUAUACGCGAUUCUUUGGUGAUUGCGGUGAUGCAGCACCCGCAAUAUGUACGUAUGCGUUAAACAAAUAUCCGUAUUGGGAACGUUCCAUUGAAAAUUGGCAGAAUCCAAUUCUCGAUCACCCGAAUUUACCCGAUUGGUACAAGUCAGCGUUAUUCAAUGAGCUUUAUUAUAUGACUGAUGGUGGUUCGAUAUGGUUCGAAUUUGAUGAAGACUGGAUUGUUGAUGAACAACAUUUAUCAUCUUAUAGUAUCGCGCUGAUGAAGGAAUUCGGUCGUUUCGGAUAUUUAGAAUCAUGGGAAUAUCGAAUGGUCAAUACAUACGAUGUACAUUUUUAUGCAUCGUUUGCUCUCGCACAACUUUGGCCAAGUCUUGAACAUGUUUUGCAAGCUGAAUUUAGUACGUUCAUACAUUCGUUAUUGGUUGUGAUUGCACCUAUACUAUCAACCAAACCAAAUGCCACUCUUUCAGCCGAUCAAAUCGAGCACUUUGAUGGAAAGAGUGUAAUAUAUCAUAUGGAGGGUGAUCGUGCACCAAAAAAGUCACGUUCUCGUGUACCACACGAUCUCGGUAAUCCGGCUGUUGAUCCGUGGUUGUUAACGAAUGCCUACGUAAUGCAUGAUACAGGAAAGUGGAAAGAUCUCAAUCUGAAGUUUAUUUUGAUCAGUUUACGGGACUACCUAUGUGUCCUUAAUAAGGAUCACAGUUUCUUAAAACUGGUAUGGCCGGCGGUCAAAAAUCUGAUCAAUGAGGGUCUUGAACGAUGGGAUUUAGACGGUGAUGGUAUGAUUGAGAAUUUUGGUGCUGCUGAUCAAACGUAUGAUGCGUGGAAAAUGGAUGGAGUUAGUGCGUAUUGCGGUUGUUUAUGGUUAGCAUCUUUGUUGGCUGCAUCUGUGAUGGCUGAUGAGAUUGGAGAUAAACAGUGCGCGAAACGUUUUGCCGAAACUUUGAAGCGUGCUCGUGAGGCUUAUAUAAAGAAAUUAUGGAAUGGAGAAUACUAUAACUUCGAUGAGCAUUCACGUAGUAAACGAACUAUCAUGGCCGAUCAGUUGUGUGGCUAUUGGUUUUUGCAUUCUAUAUCACCGCAACUUGCCAAUCAGUUAUUACCAAUAACGCACGUUCGAUCCGUACUGAACACCAUCUAUAAUUACAAUGUAUUGCGCUUUGCUGGUGGUCGUUUGGGCGCAGUUAAUGGUAUGCGAAGAGAUGGAACGGUUGAUCAUAAUUAUAUUCAGGCUGAUGAAAUGUGGACCGGAGUGACGUAUGCUCUUGCUGCAUUUUUUAUUCAACAGGGCGCUUUACAACGUGGAUUUGAUACGGCGUGGGGUUGUUACGAUGGUUGUUUCAAUCGUUUUGGCUUACAAUAUCAGACACCUGAAGCACUUUAUGAAGAGCGAUUCUAUCGCGCGAUUGGUUACAUGCGUCCAUUGAGCAUUUGGGCAAUGCAAUGGGCGUUAACACGGCAUUGUGGAAUAUUCGAUUCGAAUUGUUUAGCACUGGAAGGCAUUCGAACAUCAUCACCAACUAAUUUUACACCGGAUAGGUUAUGGGAUGGGAAUGAUAUUGGGGAACGAGAAGAUGAGGACGAUUAUGAUUGUUACACAGCCACCAAUGAUUCUGACUAG